UUUUCUUGAAUCCUCAAUAAUUCUUAUCUAAAACAAGAAAAAAAAAAAAAACCCCUCAAUCAUUGUGAUAUCCUCUUCAUAAUCGUUGCCUGAACUUUUUUUUUUUGUAUGAAUUUUCUUUUCUUCGACCCGAUUGAAGCUUCUGGGAUCUUCUUCGAAACAAACUAUUGGUUGUUCUAGUAAUUACCCAAAAUCGAUAUGGAUGAUUAUUUUAGUGUCGUAGUAGAUCGAAAUGAGGUGGGGUCGAGUACUGGAGAUCUUCUUACCGCGAUUGUGCCACUAAUGAAGCUUCUCUCCCUCACAGCAAUAGGUUUAUUACUUUCCCACCCAAAAAUCCAAAUGAUCCCAAGAGCAACCCUAAGGCUCAUAAGCAAACUUGUUUUUGCCCUGUUCUUGCCCUGUUUAAUCUUCACCCAUCUGGGUGAGAACAUUACGCUUGAGAAUAUUGCUAAAUGGUGGUUUGUCCCUGUAAAUGUUUUGAUUAGUACUGGAAUUGGAUGUCUUCUUGGGUUCUUAGUGGUGAUUAUAUGUCGCCCCCCUCCUCAGUUGGUUCGAUUUACCAUCAUCUCGACUGCGUUCGGUAACACCGGGAAUCUUCCUCUUGCCAUUGUUAGUUCUGUCUGUCAUACUGAUGAUAACCCCUUUGGAAAAAACUGUCACUCGAAAGGGGUUUCUUAUGUUUCCUUUUGCCAAUGGGUUUCUGUUAUUAUUGCUUAUACUCUUGUAUAUCAUAUGAUGGAGCCUCCAUUGGAAUUUUAUGAGAUUGUUGAAGAAGGCACUGAGAUUGAAGAAUUGGUUGAAAGUGAUGAUAAUGAUGUAAGUAAGCCACUCCUGAUGGAAGCUGAAUGGCCCGGGAUUGAGGAAAAAGAAACUGAGCAUUGUAAGGUGCCCUUCAUUGCUAGAGUUUUCAAUAGCAUUUCAAACGUAUCUCAAUCUACAUUUCCUGAUCUUGAUCACAGAGAUAGUAGUACUUCUGCAUACCCCGAAUCAAUCACGUGUUUAGCUGAACCUAGAGUUGUGAGGAAAAUAAGAAUUGUGGCUGAACAAACUCCUAUACAGCACAUUCUGCAGCCCCCAACCAUUGCUUCUUUGUUAGCCAUCAUUGUUGGAUUAGUACCUCAAAUCAAAGCAGUCCUCUUUGGCGCCGAUGCUCCGCUGUUAUUCAUAUCAAAUAGUUUUGAAAUUUUUGCUGGUGCAAUGGUGCCUUUUGUAAUGCUAAUCUUGGGCGGUAUGCUUGCUGAGGGGCCUAAUGAGUCAUCUACACUUGGCCUACGUACUACAAUCGGCAUAUGUGUUGCAAGACUCUUGGUCCUACCUGUACUGGGAAUUGGGAUUGUUGUAGCUGCCGAUAAGCUGAACUUUCUAGUUCAUGGUGAUCCAAUGUACAAAUUUGUGCUUCUAUUGCAAUACACAACACCAACUGCCAUUUUGUUAGGAGCACUUGCCAGCUUGAGGGGAUAUGCAGUGAAGGAGGCCUCAGCUCUACUGUUCUGGGAACAUAUUUUUGCCCUCCUCUCCCUCUCUCUUUAUGUUUUUGUGUAUUUUAAGGCUGUGAUAUAAGGAUGAUUUUGCUACAACCUAUUUCAUUUUUUUACCAAGCCUCUACAUAUUCUAAGGAAAUAAUUCUCUUCCUUGUCUGAUGUAUCAUGCUCAACUUACAGGUUGCUUGUAGGUAUGUGAAUUUGCUUGAUAUAAGCUUCAAAAUGCAGCAUGAAUUGAGUUUUUGUAACUCCCUUUGUAGGUUCUAUGAUAUAAGUUUCUUGAACAGUGAGCUAAUUGCAUUCUUAAAGCUCUCAUGGGGCCGUAUGGGUUUAGAACUAAGUUGUCAGAUUAAGAAUUUGAGAUAAGAGAUGAUAUUUUGUGUCC